AUGUUAACUCGACAAGGUGCAGCACAACUUAUCGCAUCCGAAUUUACUCGAUUAUCUAAUAUUGAUAUUGAUUAUCCUGAUCGUUCGCACGUACAUCCUGUAGUUUAUCGUUCAGCAGAAUUAAUAAUGGCAGAAAAAACAAUUGCUACACUUUUAAGCAAAACUUUAGAACAAACACCUAAAUAUUCGGGUAAACCCGAUCAAAAUGCUGAUGAAUGGCUAAACGAUCUUAUUGCAACAUGUCGUAUGGCUGAUAUAACUGAAGCACAUGCAUUAAAACUAGUACCUGUGUUUUUGGAAGGACAUGCUAAACAAUGGUAUUCGGACAACAAGGAAACAUUUGAAACUUGGAAUGUAUUUAAAACUGAAUUUAUUCGAACCUAUUCUUCACCAACAACCAAACAAUUAGCGUCAAAUCGUUUACGAACUCGUUUACAACAUUACGAUGAACCUGUUAUUGAAUAUUAUACUGAUAUUAUGAAAUUAUGUAAGUUAGUUGAUCCUACUAUGACUGAUGCAUCAAAACUUGAUCACCUAUAUCACGGUUUAAAACAUUCAUUAAUGAAGGAAGUUUUACGUCAAACUCCACGAACACCAUCAAACUUUUUAGAACAUGCACAACGCGAAGAAACUUUGGAUCGUCUUAUUACUACGUCUGUUCAUCAUACCAAUGAUGUCAUUGAUACCAAUACACCUCAUAAUGCACCACUUCAUCCUGCACCACCAAUUACGCCCAUAUGGCACCAAACUUCUCCGCACACGUCUUAUGCUUGGCCUCCACCACGACCAACCCAGUAUCAGCGAUCAUCAUAUCCUUCAACUUAUCAGCAAUCAUCAUAUCCUUCAAAUUAUCAGCAAUCAUCAUAUCCUUCAAAUUAUCACCGAUCAUCAUAUCCUUCAAAUUAUCAGCAAUCAUCACCACAUAAUAAUCCUUAUAUUUCAAACACAUCGUUUAAUAAUUCAUAUCCUCAUCGACGUUCUGUACAAUGUUAUCGUUGUCACAAGUUGGGCCAUAUUGCCCGUGAUUGCCGAAUGGCAAAAAACUAUUAA